AUACGAGUACACAACAUUUUCACACAAUACGAUUGAUAAAAGUUACGAGCCGAUAAAAUGCCGCCCAAAAAGAAAGGAAAGAAGAAGGAGAAAAAGGAUCCGAAUAAGCUUUCACAGGUGGACCGCACUUUCUAUGAAUUGACGGUGACCGAUUUGAACCAGAAGCUAGCGCGACUACGGGCGCACCUUUCAAACCUAGAUGAGACCAACAUCACCUUAACAGAGAAGUUGCGCGAAGUCGAGUACGACAGGAGCGAUGUCGCCGCACAUUUGGAGCGAACGCUGGCCGAGAGGAAUAACACAAUCACCGAGCUGGAGGAACGGCUGGUGGAAAUAACAAAGGUGCGUGAUGAGGAGAACCGGAUAGCACAGGAGACAAUUGCGGAUCUGGAGGCCAAGUACAAGGCUAUGCACGAUCAACUGACUUCGGAAAUAAAACUGCUGAAUGGCAAACUAAAUUCGCUGGACGAGUUUCGCAUACAACGUGACAUACUGCUGGCAAAGUUUGAUGAUCAGGAGGCUGAUCUCAAGGAGAAGGAGAAGGAGCACAAGGAAGCACUGUACAAUAUGGAGCAACGCGCCGUGGUGGAGAAAGAUGCUCUCAAAAAGGAGGUGGAAGCAAAGUUGCUUCAAGUUUCCGAGGACUUUACGCGUUCCAGCGAGAUUCGCAACGCCGGCUACACGCGCCGUUUGAUUCGGGAGAACAUUGCCCUACAGAAGGAGAUUGACCAGCUGGUAACGUCCCAAAUCAAGCUUCAGCUGCAAUUCAAUAACCAGAGGAACCAGCACAAAGAAAUGGCCGAGCAGUAUGGCGUACUGGAUCAAAUCAAGAACGAACUGGUUCGCAACUCGGUGAACAAAAUAAAGAUUAUCGAGGGUCUGACCUCCAACUACGAGAAGCUCAAGGCCAAGUAUGUGGAGAUGGUGCGCUAUCGCAAGGCAUUCGAAUCGCAGCAGCAGGAGGAGCUUUGCGAGCAGAUAAAACAGAAGGACGCGACCGCCAAACUGCGCGCCUUGGCCAAACGCAUGGAGAUCCUGACGCUCGAGAACAAGAACCUGGUUGUCGUGCAUGAUCAGCAUGAGAUGGAAAUUGUGCGACUUCGUGGCGUUAUAACCGAAAUCAAGAUGACAGUGCGCGACGCCAUCAUAGCCGAUCAAGCUGCCAAACUUUUCCCACAACGACUGAUCGAAGCCAAUAAGGACGAUCCAAUGGUGAUUGAGGAAGUAAGGGUCGAUGCUGCAGCCUUGUGCAAGCUCACUCGCAUCGACCUAUUGACGCAGCUGAUGAACAUCAUAAGCUCGCAUUCAGAGGAGCUUCCACGGACGCCAUCGAUCGCUUCGAUCGAGAGCGCCACAUCGUCUCUCUACGCUCCUGGCAAAAUGGGCUUUUUACAGCAGAAGCCUAAGGCCACGGCUACUGAAAUAUUCAAGACCGAGGUAGUGGAUCAAUCGGUGGCUACCACACUGCCAGACUAUCUUCAAAAGGACCAAGACAAACUACUAGUCUCUCAUCGCCGCGGCGACGAGCUCUCCAUCAUUGAUGUUGAGUUCGGCACUACACUGUAUGUGUCCUCCUCACGUGAGGAUGAAGCUAUCGAAAUAGAAGAGGAGCCACUUGAGGAGCCCGAGGGUUCAAGCAGUUCCGUGUCGGUCAAGAAGUCUAGUGAGGGCAGCGCCCCACCUCCUAGCGCUAUCCCAUUGGCUAAGAACGUGUCCUCCGAGCUUCUGAAAGAUGUGGAACGGAAGUCAGUCAGCACAAGUGAAGUUCAAUCUUCCGGUCAAUUUGAAGAGUUCGAGGACGUGGAAGAGGAAGACGAAUUUGAGAUUAACUUAUUUUAUUAGUCAUGAGUGUUUUUAAAGCAUUAUGCAGCUAUCUAUGGUUUACGUUUCGACAAAAUAAAGGCUUAAUUUAAAUUGCUCGUAAGAGAGAAAAA